UUUCCCGCCGGGAUGCAGAGUUCGGAUCUGGGCAACAGGGAACAGGGCAAAAUCUGGCACCGCAGGCCCUCCCCGGCAACACAGCAGGGAAUCAUUGUAAAUAUUAUUCAUACUACCACAGGAUAUCAUUCCAAGACAAUACGUUUUUUGAAUGUGGCUUUCGACUGUUCAGGCGAGUUUCUACUUGCUGGAGAUCAUCAAGGGAAUAUUUAUAGUUUUGAUUUGGUGGGCAACAGGUUUAACCUGGUUCAACGAACAGGGCAAGCUUGCACUGCUCUGGCAUUUACUCUUCGUAGGAAAACAGAAUUCCUUGUGGCUUUGGCAGAUUAUUCCAUCAAAUGCUUCGAUACAGCAACCAAAGAGCUUGUUAGUUGGAUGAGAGGACACGACUCUUCGGUGUCUUCAAUCUCAGUUCAUGGCUCUGGCAGAUAUGCCAUCACGUGUUCUACAGAUACAGCCCAGCUUUGGGACCUGGACACGUUCCAGCGCAAAAGGAAGCUGAACGUCCGCCAUUCUGUGGGGAUCCAGAAGGUAUUCUUUCUUCCCCUGAGUAACACCAUUCUCAGCUGCUUCAAAGAUAACUCGGUCUUUGCGUGGGACUUUGAUACUCUUCGUUGCAAGUAUCAGCUACCAUCGCCCAUCGAAGGUUCUUCAUUGCACUACAAGGUCUUUGCCGUGACCCGAGAUGGCCGCGUCCUGGCAGCGGGAGGCAAAUCAAAUCACCUCCACCUGUGGUGCUUGGAGUCUAAGCAGCUGCUACGAAUUAUCCAGAUGCCAACCCAAGUGCGAGCCAUCCGCCAGCUGGAGUUUCUUUCUGACAGUUUUGAUGGGGGCUCUAAUCAGGUCCUUGGAGUGCUGAGCCAAGAUAAUAUCAUGAGAUUGAUCAACAUCAGUACUUGCAAACUGCUGUUUGACCUUGGCAGUCACGAAGAGGGAAUCAGCGUUGCUGCAGUGAGCCCUUCUGGAAGAUACAUUGCAGCCGUGAUGGAGAAUGGCAGCCUUAGCAUAUACAGUGUCCAAGCUCUGACCCAAGAGGUCAACAAGCCUCCCCCACCUCUGUUUAAAGUGAUUGAGGAAUCUAAAAACAAGUUGGAUGCCAACAAACUUACUGUGAGAGUCACAUCCAGAACCUCAGAGAGGCCGUGGAAAGCCAAAAAAGGCAAAAUCCAGUCCAAGGUGUUGAAGCCUCCGCUUGACAUGUCGUAUGAGGACAAGGAGAACGAACUGCCGGAGGGGCUGAACAAGAAGCGUCUCCAAGCUUUGCUGAAAGGGUUUGGAGAGUAUCCAGCAAAAUACAGGAUGUUUAUCUGGCGCUCCUUGCUUCGCCUGCCGGAAAAUCACUUGGCCUUUAACAGCCUGUUGGAUAAAGGGACCCAUUCUGCCGUCGCACAUCUUCAGAAUGAAUACCCAAUUAAAAGCAGGAAGCUCUUGAGAGUCUUACAAAGGACCCUUUCUGGCCUGGCUCACUGGUCCACCAUCUUUGGCGAGAUGCCUUACAUCCCUUUGCUGGUUUUCCCCUUUGUCAAACUCUUCCAGAACAAUCAGCUUAUCUGCUUCGAGGUGGCGGCUACCGUUAUAAUCAAUUGGUGUCAGCACUGGUUUGAAUUUUUCCCAAAUCCUCCUAUCAAUGUCCUCAGUAUGGUGGAAAACAUUCUAGCACAUCAUGACAAAGAGCUUCUUCACCAUUUGAUGAAGUACAAUAUAACCUCUCAGAGCUAUGCCUGGCCCCUUCUGGAAACCAUGUUCUCCGAAGUCCUGACAAGGGAAGAAUGGCUUAAAAUGUUUGAUAAUAUCUUCUCCAACCACCCUUCCUACUUGCUGAUGGUGGUGGCUGCCUACCUUAUCUGCUCCAGGGCUCCAUUGCUGCAUUGCAGUCAGAAGGAGGACUUUGAGUACUUCUUCCACCAUCGGAACCACCUGGACGUCAGCGUGGUGAUCCGAGAGGCCUACCAUCUCAUGGAGUGCACCCCAGACGACAUCCAUCCCGUCCGUAUGCUGGAGGACUUUGCACCUCUGACCAAAGGACAGUACCCCAUCUUUAACAAGUACCCCAAGUUCAUUGUGGAUUACCAGUCCCAGGAGCGAGAACGGAUCAGGCAGGAGGAAAUUGAGUACUUGAGAGAGAGGCAGCUGCUGCAUGAAAUAGAAGCUAAAGCAAUCGAGCACCGAGUGGAGGAUGAAACAUGGUAUCGAAAGCAGGAGCUGCUUCAAGAAGCUGAGGAGCAAAGGAGGAAGAUUCUACUCACCGAAGAGGAAAAACUAGUGGAACAGAGACGGCGGUUGGCUGCCGUCAAGAGAGAACUGAAAGUGAAGGAGCUGCAGUUGGUGGAAGGCGCACGGAGGCGCUUUCUAAAAUACCAGCAAGAUCAGCGGGAAAUGGAGCUUAAAAGGCUCGACGAUGAAAUUGCAAGAAAGGCCUCCAUGAGAGAAGAAGAAACAGCAGCUACCAUUCGAGACGUCGAGGUGAGGCAGAUGGAGCUGGAAACUCAGCGGCGACUUUUUGAACAGAAACUUGUCAAAGAGCAGGAAGCCAUGACACAAGAAGUCAAAGGGGAGAUGGACACCAGCCGGAGGAAAGCUGAUCUCGAAGAGCGUUUAUUUCAGAGGUUGAUUGAAGCAGAACAAGGAGGAAACCAGAAAGUUCAUGAAGUGCUUGAAGAAUCUUUAGCCAAAGCCCAUCAAGAAAACAUUGACGUGAAUUGGCAAGUGGAGCUCCUCCACAAGCGAAUCCGUGACGACAUGGACCGGGACCAGCGAUACCAAGAGGUGGCCAAACUCCUUCACAAGACCAGAAUGGCAGAAGUUAAGCUGCUUGAGGCAAUGAAAGAAGAAUUGGCCGAAAAGCUGGAGGACACCGUAGAAAAAAAAGAGCAGCUGAUGGCACAGCAGGACAUCGCUGCUGCUUCGGAUGCCAACAGGAAGCGGUUUCUGAACCAAGAAAUGAAUGACGCCAUAGACCUGGCAGUGAAACUUCAGGAUGAAGAUGGCUAUUUUGAGCGACUGCGGGAUCUGAGAACCUCCAAGACUCAACAAGGUUCAGAAGGCCAUCAGGAAUCCUGGCAGAUGCAAGUGGGCAAUGCUUGUUUAAAUGAAUCCUCAGGCGGAAACUCUUCCAUCCACUUCUCUUUAGACCGAGGACGGCAGGAGCUGGAAUCGAAAGAACGGGAAAUAAUGGCUGAAGUUAGACAACUCAGAAAGAAGCUCAUGUCUCACGCUCGGGGGAAGCCAGGUUUAGCACCAGAUGCCCAGUGAGAGCUGAAGAGUCCUGAUCCAACUGUCCAUGGUCUUCUUCCAUGAGAUUCCGGGAAGACAAGAUUGAUUUUGUAUCAUGUUUUCA